AUGUCGUAUCAGUCGAAUAUCAUCGGAUUAUCUCUCGUCGCCAUACUACUAUUACUUCCACCGCUGGCAUGGCAUACACAUAGUAGAAAUAUACCUGCCGUACUACUAAUACUGUGGCUAUUUACCAUGGAUUUAACUUCGUUAGUUGGUGCCUCUAUUUGGUCUGAAGAAGAUUUUAUGAAUCGUUGGAAUGGUAAAGGCUGGUGUGAUAUAGUGGUUAAGCUACAGGUUGGCGCUAAUGUGGGGAUGCCCUGUGCGGUUACCAAUAUCGUUUACAAUUUACAUACCGUUCUUAGGGCCAACACGGUACUACCAGAGUUAAAUUCAUGGAGUAAAAUUUGUUGUGAUCUAACUAUCAGUUUAGCGACACCAGUGAUAAUAAUGGCAUUAUCAUAUAUUGUGCAAGUGGCAAGAUUUGGGAUUGUUCGUUUUAACGGUUGUCAAAACGUCUUAUCCCCCACAUGGCUUACCACAGUUUUGUAUACAAUGUGGGGGCUAAUUUGGUCCACUGCUGGUAUGGUUUACGCUUUCCUAGUAUUAUACGUUUUCCAUAGAAAGCGUAAGGAUGUUAGAGAUAUUUUACACUGCACCAAUUCGAGAUUAAAUCUGGCAAGAUUUUCUAGAUUACUCAUUCUAUGCUUUUUAACAAUAUUGGUGAUGUUCCCAUUAUCAGUAUUUGGGGUAGCGGAAGAUAUAAAAUCCUUCAAGGGUAAGUACAAUUGGAAUGAAACUCAUUCACCAGUAUAUUGGAAUACAAUACCCAAAUAUGACGAAGGUAAAAGUAUUUUCAGCGUUUGGCUUUACAUUCUAAUGUCAUACCUGGUAUUCAUAAUAUUUGGUUUGGGAACAGAUGCAUUGCAAAUGUACGCUAAUAUCCUAAGAACAAUGAAGCUGGGAUUCAUUGUGGAUAAAUUGCAAAAUGCCAACAGAAGGAGUAAGAAUUCUCAAAUCGCACGGGUCUUGGGUAAAAUUGCACCUGGUAUUAAAUCAAGCGACAGUAAUAGUAGCUGUUACAAUGAUUAUUCUGAUAGCACUCUGGAGAAAAAUGAAAAUGGUUCAUAUCAAACAUCUUCACCUACUUCUCAAUCCAAAUUUUUUGUUGAUUACGAUAUACCCUCUGAGAAUAAUUCAAAGGCAUUCCAGGCUAGAAAGAAACGUCUUGGAAUUUUUGCUAGAAGUAGAGCUGAAUCUAAAAAUUCUGAUAAUGAUGGUGAAGCUCCCAAAAAUAAAUUUUUACCAUAUCUAUCAGAAAGAUGCCUUGGCAACGACUAUGAUUCUCUGAAUACAGCUUCUCAAUUAACUUCAAUUAGUUCACCUGCGAACGCAGUUGAACCUAAACCUGGGUUUGAGCUUGAAGCUGAACUUACAAAUGACCCCCAAAGCGCAGUCUACUACGUGCCAGGUUCCAAUAGAAACACCGUGCAACAACUAAUUCCUCAUGAUGGUUCCUUCGACGAUUUAACAGAAUCCUUAGAGUCUUCUAAAGGUGAAAUAAGCUUCCAUUAUAAAAUGGAAAAAAAGUGA